AUGCCUCCUACCAUCUUGAAAGAUGGCGACGUACAGGAGCAGCAGGUCUCGCACAUCGAAACUUCUAGCGACGCUGAUGCUAUAGAGAAAGCUAUUGACAGCGAUCGUCGUCCUGAAGCGCAAGGAAAGGAUCAAGCUGAGCUUCCAAAGGGGUAUUUCUAUAGUCCAUCUUUUAUCGGCAGUUACUGUGCCAUAGGAGUCGCCUUUGCCUGUGGAACGGGUGGUUUUGCUCUCGUAGCGCCAAUAUUAAGUGAGAUCAGUCGCGAUCUUGGAGCGCAAGGAAAUAGCAACGCCAACUGGGUCGGCAUUGUAUAUUCGCUUGCUCAGGCUGUUGUCCUUAUGCUCGUAGGGCGCUUGAGCGACAUUUUUGGUCGCCGCUGGUUUUUCAUUAUCGGGUCUUCCAUCGGAUUGAUUGGGAGUAUUGUUGGGGGUACAGCCACAUCACUCGGGCAACUCAUUGCAGGGGAAACUUUGAUCGGAAUCGCAGCUGGGUUUCAAUGCUCUUUUUUCUGGGUUGUUGCUGAGAUUGUGCCUAUGAAGAGGCGGUUUAUCGCUAAUUCCGGUCUAUUUCUCUGGACUCUACCAACAAACAUUCUAGGGCCGAAGAUUGCUGCCACCAUUCAGAACAAUACCUCCGUGAAAUGGCGUGGGUGCUUUUACUACUUGACAGCGAUGAAUGCGUUGUCCGUGUUGCUAUGGUUUCUCUUCUACCACCCGCCCACAUUUAGCCUGCUGCACCGAAACAAAAGAGUAAAACAAUUGAUUAUGGGAUUUGACUUUGUUGGUCUUUUCCUUUUCUCGGCUGGGAUGAUUCUUCUACUGAUGGGUCUCAACUGGGGAGGUUCCUUAUAUCCCUGGACGAGUGGAUAUGUUCUCGGAACAUUACUAUCAGGUUUCGCCACACUUGUCGUUUGCGUGAUAUACGAGCUUCGAGUGUCGCUAGAAGAACCGUAUCUGCCACUGGAGCUAUUCAAAAACAUCAAGUACACCUCGUGCGUAAUCUGGUGCUCGAUCGAAGCAAUGACCUUUUAUGCAUUUGGUCUUAUUUGGCCCAAGGCCGUCCCCAUUCUAUAUCCGAACCUCGAUCUAGCGAGUAGCGCAACAAUAUCUAGCUUGGUCACCAUGUCGUUUGCGCUGGGCCAAAUGUCAGGCCCGUUCUUGGCCAACUGGCUGCCGGCAAAACCACUGGUGAUCAUAGGAUCCUUUAUUGGGACUGGCUUGUUGGCGGCCGUCGCAGCGAACCCUCUAAACAUGGACCUUACUCUGGGCAUGCUCGUCACGGGAAAUUUGAUCAUCGGUAUGGCUGAUGGGAUAGGAUUGCCGAUGACAACAUUCCCAAUCAAGAACCAGGAGCGCCUUGGAACUGCUGGCGGGCUUAGUGGAUGCAUUCGUCUGGCAGGGACGUCUAUUGCGGUUGCGAUGUACAGCACCAUACUAAGCAAUCGACUGAAUCAAACUAUUCCGGCUGCUAUCGAGACAGCUGCGUUGUCGACUGGCAUUUCCGAAUCGGCAGUGCCAGAAUUAAUCGCGGUGCUGAAUGGUGGUGGGUCUCUAAGCAAUAACACUGUGAAAGGACUGACUACGAGUGCGAUUCCAUUGAUUGAGCAAGCAUAUCGGCUGGGAAAUUCACGUGCUUAUAGUACCGUGUUUCUUUCCACUUUGGGGUUUGGAGGGCUUGCGCUCGUUUUGUCUUUCUUCAUUGGAGGUGUAGAUGAAAGUGAUGGAGAGUAUGUGGCAGCAGUGAUUCAAAAUGCGAAUGAAGUGAAGGUGACUACAGAGAAAGAUCAAAUAUAA